UGGUGGGAAUCGUACCACAGUUCUUGGACUAUACUACUCUUCCCUUGGUGUAGCGCCAGGAGUGAAGUCAACCAGCACAACCAUAUCAAUCCGCGCUCCAGGUUCUUUCACACAACCGUCUACGCAAAGCCGGGACAUCGAUUUACAUGGGCAAUCCUUGAAACUACGGAUUCCACAUAUUCUGACCAAUAUGUUCGUUUUGACUGCCAGAGGAAUGGAAGUGAACACCACGGUGUCUGGCUUCGCAAACCUAUUGUCACCACUGUAGAACCGCUCAGUAUGCAAGUUCAAAUGUGCAAUCCUUAUGGUGGACCGAUAUCGUUACAACUACAAUUAACCUUACCACAAACCCAACAAUCCGGUUGGAAAAUGUCUACAAGCAUCCCUAUGUUCUUUCACACAACCGUCUACGCAAAGCCGGGACAUCGAUUUACAUGGGCAAUCCUUGAAACUACGGAUUCCACAUAUUCUGACCAAUAUGUUCGUUUUGACUGCCAGAGGAAUGGAAGUGAACACCACGGUGUCUGGCUUCGCAAACCUAUUGUCACCACUGUAGAACCGCUCAGUAUGCAAGUUCAAAUGUGCAAUCCUUAUGCCUUAUUAACUGGAGACGUGGUCAGAUUCAAUGCAGCUAGUGUGCUGAAUAGUGGAGAUUACUUGGACACGGUGAUCGAGAUGGCACCUAACUUUUGUGCGACAGAUCCCACGAAGGCAGGCCAGAUGGCGUUCGCGAGUGACAUACAAAUU